AUGUCAAAUAUUCCGAUUCCGGCACCUCUGAGAUUGGACGGUGACAAGGAAGAAGCCAUUGGCAUCUUCAAACUCCAAUGGAAGUACUAUGCCUUGGCCACGGAGCUGGCCACGAAACCGGCAGCACAACAAGUGGCAACGCUGAUGGCCGUCAUUGGAGCGGAUGCGGUGAUGAUGAUUGACGAGCUUCCACUGACUACGGCCCAAAAGGCAUCACCGGAUGCAAUCUUGGAAGAGGUGCGAAAGCAUCUGGUGCCGCAGAGAGAUGUUCGAGUGGAACGAGCAGAGUUCAACACGAUUUGUCAACAAGAAGGCGAAAAAAAUGAAGAUUUUGUGAAGAGGAUGAAAAGAAAAGUGAAGAAGUGUGGCUAUAGUGACGCUCAGCAGGAAGAAGUUUUGAAGGAUCGGAUGAUCGCUGGCAUCGAGAGCCAUCAGAUGCGGAAAGAGCUCUUGAAAGCCGGGAAUAUAUCGGUAGCGGACAUGGUGAAGAGGGUGAAGGAUCAUCAGGAGAUCGAAGAGCUGGCCAAGAAAUACGAAAGAAUGGCACCGAACAGGGAGGAAUCGAGAAAUACGUUCAAGGUGACUGCUACGAAGAAGAUGGAAAAGCAAUGUCGGUAUUGCGGUGGAGACCAUGUGCCGGAGAAGAUGAAAUGUCCGGCCUUCGGAAAGAAGUGCCUCGAAUGUGGGAGGAAGAAUCAUUUCAAGAUUGUUUGCUGGAGGAAGAACAAAAAGAAGCAGGCUAAACGAUAUGUUCGCCGAGUCGUGGACAGUUCGGGGGAAUCCGACGAUUCCGACACCGAAGAAUGUGAAUUCGUGGACAUUGCUAAAAUCGAUGACUGCAAAGAUGCUGGCAAGAUAAUGGUCCAACUGAAAGUCGUCGUGGGGCAGAAGAAAACCACACCAUUCGAAAUACAAGUUGACACCGGUGCAAGGGUUAACGUAGUGUGCCAGAGAGACUUGGAACGACUGAUGCCAGGUCACAGUUUGAGCCACACGAAAAUCAAAUUGAGAUGCUAUUCCGGUAAAAUCAUUACGCCAAUGGGGCAGAUUGACUUGCUGAUCAAGCUGAAGAACGGCACGAAGCAAUUGACGUUCAUUGUGGUGAAGAAAGAUCGACCACCGCUGUUGUCGUCACAGUCAGCAAUGGAUCUAGGCAUCAUCCAGGUACAUGACAUGUACAGCCUCAGCACGCUUCAGCAAGAAUGCGAUAAGAUCUUGAGUAAGUACAAAGACGUGUUUGAGGGUGAUGGUAAAUUCGAUGGAAAAUUCAAAAUCGAAAUUGAUAAUUCUAUUACAGCGGUACAGCAAAAGCCCCGGCGUAUUCCUCUGGCAUACCUUCCAGAGCUCAAGGCCAAAAUUGAGGAACUAGAGAAGAAGGAAAUAGUAGAACCGGUUAACAGACACAUGGACUGGCUGUGCAACUUGGUGCUGGUUAAAAAAGGAAGCAAACUACGUCUUUGUUUGGAUCCAACGGAGCUAAACCGAGCCGUCAAAAGGGCCAACCAUCAAAUACCAACUAUAGAAGAGAUGCUACCGGAUUUUGCGAAGGCUAAGGUCUUCACAGUACUGGACGCCAAAAACGGGUUCUGGCAUCUGGAGCUGGACGAACCAAGCGCGGAUUUGACGGCAUUUUGGACACCGAUGGGCGUGUAUCGCUGGAAGCGGAUGCCGUUUGGAAUAUCGUUGGCACCCGAAGUAUAUCAGAAAGCUCAGCAGCAGGUCAUCGCGGGUCUCCGUGGAGUACGUUGUAUUGCUGACUAUGUCAUUGUGUUCGGAUGCGGUGACACCAUAGAAGAGGCGAUGUUGGACCACAACCGGAAUUUGGAGGCAGCAAUGCAGAGGUUCCGGGAGCGACGAUUGAAGCUAAACCGAUCGAAGGCAAGAGUGGCGCUAUCGUCGGUGCCGUUCUUUGGUCACAUUUUGACAGACAAAGGAGUGAAACCGGAUCCGAGCAAGAUUUCCGCUGUUUUGAAUAUUCCAGAACCGUCAGACAAGAAGCAGUUGAUGACAUUCCUAGGAUUGAUAACAUACCUGGGGCGCUUCAUGCCCAUGCUAGCAGAUGUGAGCGCUCCGUUGAGAAGAUUGACACGAGAAGACGUCGAUUUUGAAUGGGACAAAGAAGCAGCGGAUGCCUUUGCGCAAAUCAAGCGUUUGGUCACGCAAACGCCCAUACUUCGGUAUUACGAUCCAUCCGAGCCCCUGACGAUUCAGUGUGAUGCAAGUCAACUCGGUGUUGGAUGUGUCCUGCUGCAAGGCGGUAGGCCGAUUGCAUAUGCGUCAAGGACACUGACUAAAACGGAAAAGAACUAUGCGUCAAUCGAACGUGAAUGUCUGGCCAUCGUAUUUGCGUGCAAACAGCAUGACCAGUAUGUUGCAGGACGAAAACUUUUGAUCGAGACGGACCACAAACCGUUAGAGGACAUCUUCAGGAAGCCGAUUACCGAAGCACCUUUGAGACUGCAAAAAAUGAGGAUGACUUUGCAGAGGUACGACAUCGACGUACGCUACAGGAAAGGAAAAGAGAUGUAUAUUGCUGACCUGAUGUCCAGGACCGCCACAGAGAGGCAAGCAAGUGGUUCCGAUGCGGAUGUUAUACACGUGGAAAAAGUGGAUGCUGCUUUCAGCGAAAUAGCCAGCGUGAAUGUAGUCGAACUAAUCAACCUUUCUGACGACAGAUUCGAGGAAAUAGCUACCGAAACCAGAAAGGACCAAACCCUGUGCAACCUGAUGAGAGUCUUAAUAGAAGGCUGGCCAGAAAGAAAAGAAGAGUUGCGUGACGAAUUACUACCCUAUAGAACGUUCCAGAACGACCUCACAACGUUUCGAGGAGUGAUCUUCAAAGGAGACCGCAUUUUGGUACCAAAAAGCCUCCGGAAGAAGUACAUUGAAAAGCUGCAUGUUGCGCACCUGGGAAUUGACUACACGUUGCGGGCUGCUCGAGAGUCUUUGUUCUGGCCAGGCAUGGCGGAUCAAAUCUGCAAUUACGUGCGCAACUGCGAGAUUUGUAUGGAAUUCAGUUCCAGCCAGUGCCGGCCCCCAAUGACGACACACCAGAUACCGGAGUACCCAUUUCAGCGAGUGAACAUUGACUUGGGCGAGAUCAAACAAGGUGGUGAGAAAGUUGUUAUGAUGGUUACGGCAGAUAGCUUUUCGGACUUCAUCGAAGUAGAUUUCAUCAACGACACCAAAACGAAAACCAUCGUCGCGGCUUGCAAGCGCAAUUUUGCAAGACAUGGUACGCCGCAAGUGGUAGUUACUGACAAUGGGCCGCAGUUCGACAACGAAGAGUGGAGCAGGUUUGCGAAGGAUUGGAGUUUUGCGCAUGUGACAUCAUCCCCAUAUCACGCUCAAGGAAAUGGCAAGGCUGAAUCAGCAGUAAAAUCCAUGAAGCAAUUGUUCAAGAAGUGUGGAAAAAGCGGGGCGGAUUUUUGGCAAGCACUGCAGCAGCAUCGCAACACACCGAAUGCGAUCGGGGCCAGUCCUAAUCAACGAAUUUUCUCGAGAAGCACACGUGGGGUAGUACCAAUGAUCACGAACAAGCUACAACCGCAGCAAGCUUCACGCGUUGAGGAACGGAUUGCACACAAGAGAAAGGUAGUCAAGGCAAGCUACGACAAAAGGGUUAAGGAGCUUCCAGAUUUGCGGGUCGGUGAAAAUGUUAUCAUUCAGCGAAGACCUGACGCUACUAAGCAGUGGGAACAAGCAACGCUAGUGAGAAAAUUCCCAGACCAAUCUUGCGAAGUACAAACGAAGGAUGGCGGAGUUUACAGAAGAAGUGCAGUUCACGUUAAACCGGGAUGCAGCAACAAGCCUAAUACUACACUUAACGAGGAUCCAGUAAAGCAACCAAGUGUAACGGACCGCCAGAGUGAUGAUCAUCGGUCCCAGGAAGUCCCAGUUGAGGAUCGAAGGAAGAUGGUAUUCGAGAGACGUGAUUACAAGACCGUUAGCGGCAGGCCUAGCGGUGCAUCCGUUCCAGAGGGCCAGUCGCAAGCGGCAGAUUUCGAGAAACAACAGGGUAUCGACGAACAACGAGAACUAACAUCGAUUCCUGAAACUCGACCUAGGAGGGAGGUCAGAAAACCAUCAAAGUUUGCAGAUUACAAAAUGUAA